GCAUAAAUAGGGGGCGGAGUUGUCGAUUUUAUCACACAUGAAGAGAGUUAUCCUCAUUGCAGUGGCCGUUUCCCUGAUAUGUGCAGCCGCGCAGUCGGGGUCGGAUGAGAAACUCUGCGCACAAAGCGAUAUUUCGAAUCGCGAAGCUGACGAAAUAGUUUUUCUGUUGAAUAGAAACCGUUCGGCCAAAAACCUGGGAGACAUACGCAGCGGAUGCUUGCUAUUCGCUUCAUCAAUGGUACGUAAAUGCGCAAGUCCUGAGGAGACCUGUGCAGAACUCGCACUAGGCUCGGGACUUGUCUCGAAUUUGAAUACGAGGGCAAAUUCUCAUGGAAAAACGUUCUUGUUAGAGAUGCUCAGCAGAGAGUGA